UAAUUUGACUGAGUGGCGGCACGUUUCUAUUGAUAAAUUAAUUCCAUUUGUGACAAUCAACAAACAAGCCAUAAAAAAAUAACGGAAACAAACUGUGUAAUUUAAAACCACAAAUAAACACGUCUGACGUUUUUACAACGUGUAAUUAAACCGGCGAUAAACACAGUGCUUUGUGGUCAUUUUUCGCGAAUCAACUUCGACGCCAUAAUCCUCACCAAAAAAAAAAUAGAUUAUACGUACACACAACUCAAGAAAAAAAAAAGUUCGACGAUAUCCAAUACAUCCGCUGAUAAUCACUAUCUUAUCACCACCAAACGACAACCAUUUUAAACCAAACCUCCAACAAUGUCGCAGGACACACCCCCAGCCUCACCCCUGCGUUUCCACCCCCACCACGGGGACGACCUCCGCCUCGCCAACAACUACACCACCGCCCAGCGAACCGCCGUCGGCUCCGGGCUCGUCUUCACCUCCCACCCCCUCAAACCCUACCAAAAACUGUCGUUCAAGCUGUCCAAAAUCUCCGAUCAAACCAAAGACAUAGUGAGCGUGGGUUUCAGCACCCAACACCCAACGCAAACCCAUGAGCCCAUCUACAAUCUGAAGAUCGUCUCCUUGAAGAACCACAAACGUCUCAAGAACAAGAACGUGCACUUCUUUUACACCCCGUCUGGGAAAAUCCACUUCGGGGUGGAUGGUAAGGAGAAAGGGUGUAGGGGAGGGUUGACACCCACCCAGGAGUCUUUAUGGGCGUUCAUCCACAUCAGUAGCCCACCUACGACCAUCGAGGUGGUCAAUUCGACGUUCUACUUGUCCAACCAGGGGUUGGUACCGAUGACGUUGCAUCAAACCAGGGGCCGAAACGUCAAGCUAGUCAAGAAUCAAGUGUCCAAGUAUGACAGAAGGUUAACCACGAGUUAUGCCUUCACCGCUAACCCUAUCAAAGCUGGAGAACACGUCGUGGUCAAAAUUUUAGACAUAGAUUGUAGAUCUACAGGUGGACUAAUCGUGGGUUUAACAUCAUCCAAUCCCUCUCUUCUGGAGAAAGAUCUCCCGGAUGACGUCGGGUCGUUUCUGACCAGAUCAGGGUACUGGAUCGUGGUCAGCGACCCCAGCUGGAGUUUCAAGAUGAGCGACACCAUCACGUUCGUUAUCACUCGUGACGGGAAAAUGAAGAUCUGGAGGAACGAAUCUACGCUUCUGAAGGAAAUUAGGGUGAAUGUUGAUUCACAAUUGUGGGCUUUUUUCGACAUUGCGGCUUUAGAAAGUGUGGAAAUUAUGAGUUAUACACCUGUAGAUUUUGGGAAUUUUGAUCUUUUUGAGCCGGAUUGGAAAGAAGUGAAGAACGAAGUGGUUAUUUCUGUGAAGAAGGAGGUUGAUGGGGAAGAUGACGGGUCGCUGUGUGCUAUUUGCUACGAGAAUGUGAUCGAGGCGGCGUUGUAUCCGUGUGGGCAUAUGUGUUUGUGCUAUGGGUGUGCUAGGGAGCAGUGGAGAGGUUCCGGGAGGGGGAGUUGCCCCAUGUGUAGGGUGAAGAUUAGAGAUAUCUUGAAAAUUUACAAGGUUUGAGGAAAAUACUGACUUUAUUUAUUUAUCGGUUUAAUUUAUUACUCAAUACGAUGUAAGUUU